AUGGAACGAAAAUAUAGGGAAUUUAGCCAGGAUAAGAGCGGGACAGCCAAAGAGAGACUUGGUGCACUUGGAUUCGUCUACAGUGGGAAGGAUGUGACCAUUCAGUCAUACGAGGAGUUCACUAAGGCAUUGGAGGAAUGCGACUACAUGGACGAGCAGAAGCUGGUAAAAUACUACGGGGAGUAUCUGACAUACAGUGACAUUUCGCACAUUCUGAAAAUUGGAACAAAUGGCCUAUGCGACAAUGAGAUUGCAGAGACAUUCAAAAUCAUCCCAUGUACGCCAACACAGCCCAUUUCAGUACGUGAAUUCAUCAAGCUCCUAUAUGAAUGA